AUGAGGCUUUAUCGACUUUGGCCUGCUCUAUCCCUGGUUGCUGCUGCCGUAGCUCAGACCAUUAGUGACCUAACCUUUGACAGUCGAGAUGUUGUGAGUCUCAUUUGGGGCUUUGAAAGCGCUUUAUCAACGCAUUAUGAUGUCUGGCUUUGCGCUGGAGACGAAUCCACGGGUGAAUACGAAACACUAGACCGAGUUAUUGAAAAUGUCUCUUAUGCAUCUGGGGACUGGAUGUCAUUUCGGGUCGAUCAAAGUGUGGGAGGAAAUGAUCAAAAUGCAUACUUCCUGAAGAUUGUUCCCUCCACCACCAACGGUGCCUUGUCCGGCAUAACAUCCCAUUUCACUUUAACAAACAUGAAAGGUACAUUUUCGACCCAAGUAUCGGAUGCCGUCAAGUUCAUGCGGCCGAUUCCCAUAUCAUCAUAUUUGGUGAACGAAUCGAAUCUCUUAGAACCUACCGAAGCCACCCCAAGUCCCAACGCAUCACAUUCUGUUCUGGAGCUCCCUGAACCCACUGCGGCUACUGAUCUGGAUCAACAUGAACUGCGAAAGCGCCUGGCUGUGGAUCCCCACACGAUCCCAUAUGGAGAACAGAUGGGCCGGACCAAGUAUGCUCCGAUGCCCAAAAGAGCAGGCACAACCAUAUCAGACAAGUCGGCGACGCCUCAAUACCCACCAUUCCCUUUCUCCAUUGCUACCACGUAUCUUCCCGCUCCAACAGUGGAUUAUACAGACACGGCGUAUGCGACAUGGACAACUCAGAGUAUCGAGAAUACGGCUGCUCCUGCUCCGAUGCCAACAUUGGACAAGAGAAUGCAAGAUUGGUUGGAACAUUGGAAGGAUUAG